AUGACUAUUAUUCGUGAUCAACAACAAAAUUCUCAAAAAUCCUUAGCUCGUGCUGCUGAGUGCGUGAGUAAAGCCGAUGUACUAUUAAUCGCAGCUGGAGCUGGCAUGGGUGUCGAUGCUGGUAUUCCAGACUACUACGGUGGCAUUCAACGAGCACAUCCACGUCUAGCAGAUAUUGGUCUGAAUAUAUAUGACUUAUCCAACCACACGUUGUUCACACAAAAUCCUGCACUGGCAUGGGGACAUUGGGUCACAAGGCAACGUGAAUACAUGAACAUACGACCACAUGUCGGCUAUCAGAUGCUCUACAAUUGGGCUCAAUGUCGCAAGCGUACUGUACGUGUGAUAACAACAAACUUGGAUCGUCAUUUCUUAUGUUCAGGUUUUGCACCUGACAAUGUAUUCGAAAUGCACGGAUCGAUGUAUGACGCACAGUGUAUGUAUAACUGCGGUGCGAAUCCAUGGCCACUAGACACAACGAAUAUGCCCUCGGUGAAUUUGAAUACAAUGCAAUUACUCGGACCACCACCGCUGUGUAUAAAAUGUGGUGGCUCUGCGCGAAUAUGUACCGCACUAGCAGUCGAUGGUCAUUGGAAUACUUCUAAUGUUGAAGUAGCACGUAUACGUCAUGAAACGUUCUUUCGAGAAAUGUCCACAGACCGAACACUCACCGUUCUGGAAAUUGGUUGCGGAACUGUGAUGGCGAAAGUGCGUGUAGAAGCAACGCGCAUCGUAGCAGAACAUCGCAUGCGUGGCGGUCAGGCAAUACAUAUUCGAAUCAAUUUACACCAGGCACAUAUUGACGAGCAUGAAGACAAUAUUUCGUUGCCAUUUAGUGCACUAGAUGCGUUACGCACGAUAAAUAAAUUACUGAUAGACUAA